GGAGAAACGCUAACAUUCUGGGCGGAAAGGAUAGAAGAGGACAGCUCGGCAGAAGUCCAAAGAAAGUGUUACGUACAAAGGUUUUAUUGGCUGACAUAAAUCACGAAAAUUUGUUUUGGUUCAAGCGUUAGACGAACCGACGGUUGACCAAACACAACGAUGCUGUCCGUUGGUUUGCUUUUUCUGAUGUUUUUCCUGGCCUUUGAGGGCGCCGUAGUUCAAGCUGAUGACGAGGAUUACGACCCUUGCAAGGCUGAUGGUAUCGUACAGGGUGAUAUUGCAGUUUCUAAGGCGGACUUGCGUCAAAGCAGAAGGAAAAGGGCUGCGACUGCAUUCAACAAGAGGCUUUGGCGAGAAGGUGUAAUUCCUUUUGAGAUAGCAGACGGUGUUUACACAGGAGAUCAGAGAGCGGUUAUCUUACAAGCCAUGCGUCAUUGGGAAAACACUACUUGCUUAACAUUCAUUGAGCGAACGACAGAGAAAGACUAUAUUUACUUCCAUAAAGGACGCUGUGGCUGCUGCUCGUAUGUUGGACGCAAGGGAAAUGGGCGCCAAGGGAUUUCUAUUGGCAAGAAUUGCGACAAGUUUGGCAUAGUGGUGCACGAGAUUGGACACACAGUGGGGUUCUGGCACGAGCAUACGCGGCCUGAUCGGGCUGACUUUGUUAACAUUUUCAGGGAGAAUAUAAAGAAAGGUGAAGAACAUAACUUUCUAAAACUCAGUUCCGCAGAAAUAAAUUCUUUGAACGAGCCUUAUGAUUAUGCAUCCAUCAUGCACUACGGGAAAUACACGUUUGCGAAGGAAGGCCAUCAAGUAACAAUUUUGCCCAAAAAGAAUUCACAAACGGAUCUUACCCCUGAAAUUGGACAAAGGGAAAAGCUCAGUAUUGGAGAUAUCAGACAAACUGAAAAAAUGUACCGCUGUCCAGAAUGUGGAAGAGCACUACAUGGGCGCGCUGAUACGUUUUCGUCUCCUGGAUUCCCCAAGAGUCAGAAGUACAAGUUAUGUGUGUGGCGCAUUGCUGUGACGCCGGGGGAGCGAGUCUCUCUUAAUUUUACCGUCUUUAGUCUCAGAAGAAGCUCAGGAAAAUGCAGGGACGAGUACGUGGAGGUUCGGGACGGUCAUUCCAAGUCUUCGCCUGUGAUUGGUCGAUAUUGUGGGAAGAGAGUGCCACCUUUAAUAUGGUCUACAGGGAAUAGAUUGUGGAUAAAGUAUCAGUCGUCUGAAGUUGUAGGAAAGCAAGGAUUCAAGGCAAGUUACAAAGCGGUAUGUGGUGGUGACAUAACUUCUCUUCAAGGAACCAUUCAGUCACCGAAGUAUCCGCAGUGGUAUCCAUACAACAAAAAGUGUACUUGGAAAAUUACUUUGCCAGCGCAUUUUAGGGUUGGAAUUCGCUUUAUUGCUUUUGAUAUCGAGGGCCAUAGCGAGUGUCUGUAUGAUUAUCUUCAAAUAAAAGACGGACCUGAGGACUCCUCGUCCUUACUAGGACGAUACUGUGGGAAAAAAAUUCCUCAGGAGCUGAGGAGCAAUUCCAGUCAGGUGACAAUUCAGUUCUCUUCAGAUGGAACCGUAAAUAAACCUGGCUUCUACUUGAACUUUUUCUCAGAGACGAACGAGUGUAAAAUCAACAAUGGCGGAUGCCAACAAAUCUGUGUGGAUACCAUUGGUGGCCACCGUUGUUCAUGUGACCCUGGUUACGAGCUGAGGUCGAAUAACAAAGAUUGCGAAGGUGCCUGUGGAGGAACACUAAGGGCUCCUAACGGAAACAUAACGUCACCAAGCUACCCCGGUAACUAUCCCAACAAUAAACGCUGCCUUUGGAAAAUCAUGGGACCCGAAGGACAAAAGAUAUCACUGAAGUUUGACAAGUUUCAAUUGGAGGGAACUGGAAAUGGAGUUUGCCAGUACGAUUACGUCAAAGUAAAAGAUAAGAACGAUCAGGUUCUUGGAACGUUUUGUGGUGGAAAGAUUCCUCAAACAGUGACCAGCUCUUCAAACCUCAUGUGGGUGGAGUUCGAGUCAGAUCAGUCUCAAUCUCGGGCUGGAUUCUCUGCUGUGUAUUAUGCAGAUAAAGACGAAUGUCAAAAUAACAACGGUGGAUGCCAGGAUAAAUGUAUGAACACAGCUGGCAGUUACAUCUGUUCCUGCAGAGAAGGGUUUGUUCUUCAGAAGGACAAGCAUAGCUGUAAAGAAGUAAAUGGCUGUGGUGGUGCUCUGACAACCUUAUCUGGUGAAAUAACAUCUCCGAAUUACCCAGGAUCUUACCAAUCAAACAGAGAUUGUACGUGGAAAAUUGUUGUCCCACCAGGAAGUCACAUACAGCUUACCUUCAACGAAAUCGACAUUGAAUAUCAUGAGAACUGCUCUCUUGACUACGUAGAAGUGUUCUCGGGCACUGGCCAACAAGCCGUGAGCCUGGGCCGAUAUUGCGGAAGGAGAAUUCCUGCAGAUAUUCAUUUUUCCAGAGCUCAUAAAAUGUUGGUGAAAUUUCACUCGGAUAAAUUGAUCAGCCACACAGGGUUCAGAGCACAGUAUACCGCAGUGUGCAGUGCAAAUCUUCACGUAUCAAAUAACAAACGUCAGUUCUUCUCUCAUCCAAGUUAUGGCAGCGACAAUUACAAAUCAAACCUCCGGUGUUCAUGGCGGCUGACUACUCGGCCUGGAUAUAUUAUUCGUUUGCGAUUCAAGCAGUUUGACGUUGAAAACGAGAAGCUCUGUGGAUACGAUUACGUCAUCAUCCGCGACGGAACUAACAACACCGCGCCACUACUGGGACGAGCUUGCGGUCAGACGUCGACUCAAUCUUCGCACGAGUUCGUAUCAACCGGAAAUCGAAUGUGGAUAAAAUUUGAAACGGACUUGACAAACAACAGGAAAGGUUUCAUUGCAGAGUAUAUUAGAUCACGCAAAAAUGAAAAACGAUCGUUAUAGGAAAAGACAGUAGCAGUCGCUUUAUGUAUGUGGAAAAAUUUCUUAGAGCUAAAGCAGAAAUGUUAAGACAGCCUUAAAAAAAUCCCUGUUACGCUAUUAAGUCAUAACCGGCUAAUUAAAUAAGGUAAACGUAAAAAAAUAUUUUUAAUUAAAGCAAGAGUUAUUUUUAUUUAUUACUCUUAGUACGUUUCAAUCUGCUACACUUUUUAGGGAUUUGCAAUAACCUGUGAUUUGUACUUUCCCGGACUGUUUUGUUCAAAUUUCUUCUUAAUGUGAUAUUGUGUAGUUUUUUUUUAAUUUAUUCUAUGCCGCUGGAAAAAAGAAUAAAAUACAAAA